UAGAAUUGAAAGUGUGUUUAUUUAAAGUUUAAGUUUCUUGUUUUUACAAAAGAAAAAAAUAAAAAAUCAUCAAUAAUCGAUUUAAAAUCAUAUCAGGGAAUUAUUACUAAAAACAUUUAGCAUGGCUGGAGAUAAAAAGCGACGUUCACGAUCCCGAGAUAGAUACGAAAAAGAUAGAGAACGUGAAAGAGAUCGGGAUCGCGGUCGUGAGAGGGAUAAGGAACGUCGCCGCCGCUCAAGAUCACGUUCGAAGGACCGACAUGGACGAGAUAGAUCUGGCGAAAGAAAUAAUAUGCGUUCGAUACGUUCCCGCUCUAAAUCUCGCGAAAGAAAUCGUAAUGUUAUGGAUCUUCCAGAGAAAACCAAAGACAAGAUGAAAAAUGAAUUUACCAAAAAAGAAUACCCCGACGAGAAGAAACCUAUGAAAAUGGAUUUGAAAGUUCAAUUAGACGAAGAAGAAGUUGCUAAAGUAAGAAAAACUGAGCCCCUUUCGUUGGAGGAAAUUCUAGAGAAAAAGAAGAAAGAAGAGGAGGCUCGAAGUAAGCCUGUUUUCUUGACAAAAGAGCAACGAGCUGCAGAAGCCCUGAAACGUCGCCAAGAAGAAGUUGCUGCUUUGCGAGCCAACCAAGCAGCUAGCCGCUCAGCUGCUGCAUCGGAGAAUAAUUUCCAAAUGAAACCUGACAAUGAAAGAGAACGAGGACGCGACGACAGACGUGACAACCGAGACAACCGUGAGCGGGACUAUGACAGAGGACGUGAUCGCGACCGGCACAAGGAUGACAGAGAAAAGGAAACCAAACGUGUUGAUGAUCUAAGUCAAAAGGACAAGGAGAAGGAGCUUGAAGCAAUUCGCGAGAGAUAUUUGGGAAUAAUAAAGAAGAAGCGAAGGGUUAGAAGAUUGAACGAUAGGAAAUUCGUGUUCGAUUGGGAUGCUGGAGAAGAUACAUCUAUUGAUUAUAAUAACUUGUACAAGGAACGACACCAUGUUCAGUUCUUUGGACGUGGAAAUGUUGCAGGUAUUGACAUCAAGGAACAGAAACGAACUCAAAGUAAGUUCUAUGGCGAUCUGCUGGAGAAAAGACGAACCGAAGCAGAGAAAGAACAAGAAAAAGUUCGAUUAAAGAAAGUCAAACGUAAGGAAGACAAACAAAAAUGGGAUGAUCGUCAUUGGUCCGAAAAGGAUCACGACGAAAUGACCGAACGUGACUGGCGUAUUUUCCGCGAGGACUACAGUAUAACGAUUAAGGGAGGUAAAAUACCCAAUCCUAUCCGCAACUGGAAAGAAUCUGGAUUUCCAAAGGAAAUCACCGAUAUCAUCGACAACGUUGGCUACAAAGAACCCACACCCAUUCAACGACAAGCUAUUCCUAUUGGUCUACAGAAUCGUGACAUCAUUGGUGUGGCUGAGACUGGUUCUGGUAAGACCCUGGCCUUCCUUAUACCCCUGUUGUCGUGGAUUCAGUCUCUUCCCAAGAUUGAACGUCUUGAAGAUGUCGAUCAAGGACCAUACGCUAUCAUCAUGGCUCCCACUCGUGAAUUGGCUCAACAGAUUGAGGAGGAAACAAUCAAGUUUGGUCAACCCUUGGGAAUUCGUACGGUUGUAGUGGUGGGAGGUUUGUCGAGAGAGGAGCAAGGUUUCCGUCUGCGUUUGGGAUGUGAAAUUGUUAUUGCCACACCAGGUCGUCUUAUUGAUGUCUUGGAAAAUCGGUAUCUUGUGCUUAAUCAGUGCACAUACAUUGUACUCGAUGAAGCUGACAGAAUGAUAGACAUGGGUUUCGAACCGGAUGUUCAGAAGAUUCUGGAAUACAUGCCAGUGACUAAUCUGAAGCCAGACAGCGAAGAAGCUGAGGAUGCCAGCAAACUGAUGGAGAACUUUUACUCGAAGAAGAAGUAUCGCCAAACUGUGAUGUUCACAGCUACUAUGCCCCCAGCUGUUGAACGUUUGGCGCGUUCCUAUCUCCGAAGACCGGCAACUGUGUACAUUGGAUCUGUCGGCAAACCCACAGAACGUACCGAACAAAUUGUCUACAUGAUGGGCGAGAACGACAAACGCAAGAAAUUGAUGGAGAUCCUUUCGAGAGGCAUCGAACCACCAGUUAUUAUUUUCGUCAAUCAAAAGAAAGGUGCCGAUGUAUUGGCCAAAGGUCUCGAGAAGCUCGGUUACAAUUCGUGUACAUUGCACGGUGGUAAAGGUCAAGAACAGAGAGAGUACGCUUUGGCAGCCCUCAAGAGUGGUGCCAAGGACAUGUUGGUUGCAACCGAUGUCGCUGGUCGUGGUAUCGAUAUUAAGGAUGUCUCGUUGGUCAUUAAUUAUGACAUGGCUAAGUCUAUUGAAGAUUAUACCCAUCGUAUUGGUCGUACCGGUCGUGCAGGUAAAACUGGUAUGGCUAUUAGUUUUGUCACCAAAGAUGACAGUCAGUUGUUCUAUGAUUUGAAACAAUGCGUUAUGGCAAGUCCUGUAUCGACGUGCCCACCGGAGUUAAUAAAUCAUCCAGAUGCACAGCAUAAGCCAGGCACUGUGGUGACCAAAAAGAGAAGGGAAGAAAAAAUAUUCGCCUAGAUUAAGAACAGAAAAUAUUAACGUACAUACAUUAUAUGACCACAAAAAGAAGAAAAAAUAAAAUAUUAUAUUUUAUUUAGAAAAACUAAA